CAACCCCCAUAAAUAUCGCUGCCAUUUUCUCUCUCCAGGUAGCUUUAUAAAAAAUCUUCCUCUCUCUCCGUCUGUUUGUUAAGUGGUGAAACUAAAAGGGUGGCCAUGAGCUUCAGAGCUCUUCUCUUCUCUCCAAAUGUCCCCAUAUCACCACCCGACAGUAUCUCCACCCGGAACAAGCCCAACCCAUCCCGAUCCGUCUUCCGUGUCCGGGUCAAUUCCUCCCAUUGCUCCCGUCUUUUCCGUGUUUCAGUUAGUGAUAACUCCUGUGAGAGAAGAAGAAGAAGAAGCUGGAAAGUACAUGCAGACGUUAGAGAAAUCGCCGAGUCGAUAAGAAAAUCGGUUAAGUUCAAAGAUGCAUUAAACGAUGUCGUUUCGAGUGAGGAGGUUUUGGAUUGUUCGGUUCCUUGGUGGGAACAGUUCCCUAAACGUUGGGUUAUCGUUCUUUUGUGUUUUUCAGCCUUUUUGCUGUGUAACAUGGAUAGAGUCAAUAUGAGCAUUGCUAUACUUCCAAUGUCAGCUGAAUUCAAUUGGAACCCAGCGACUGUUGGUUUAAUACAGUCAUCUUUUUUCUGGGGUUAUCUCCUCACUCAGAUUGCCGGUGGCAUAUGGGCAGACACUGUAGGUGGCAAGUCGGUGUUGGGAUUUGGGGUAGUUUGGUGGUCCAUUGCUACAGCUCUUACUCCUGUUGCUGCUAAACUCGGGUUGCCAUUUCUCCUUGUCGUUCGUGCUUUCAUGGGAGUUGGCGAGGGUGUUGCUAUGCCUGCCAUGAAUAAUAUACUGUCAAAAUGGGUCCCUGUUGCUGAAAGGAGUAGAUCAUUAGCAUUGGUGUAUAGUGGAAUGUAUCUUGGCUCUGUUACUGGCCUGGCAUUUUCACCAUUUUUGAUACAUCAGUUUGGAUGGCCAUCAGUGUUUUACUCCUUUGGUUCUCUAGGGACGGUCUGGUUUGCUUUAUGGCUAAAUAAGGCUCACAGUUCACCUCUUGAGGAUACUCAACUUCAGCCCCAAGAGAAGAAGCUUAUUGUUACCAAUUGUAUUUCCAAGCAGCCAGUUAAAACAAUACCUUGGAGGUUAAUCUUGUCAAAACCACCUGUAUGGGCCCUAAUAGCAUCUCAUUUCUGUCACAAUUGGGGAACAUUUAUUCUUUUAACAUGGAUGCCAACAUACUAUAAUCAAGUCCUGAAGUUCAACCUCACAGAAUCUGGGCUCUUUUGUGUUUUGCCCUGGCUUACAAUGGCGUUUUCUGCUAAUCUUGGAGGGUGGAUUGCAGAUACACUUGUGAGCAAAGGUUUAUCCGUGACAACUGUUCGCAAGAUUAUGCAAUCAAUUGGAUUUCUUGGCCCUGCUUUCUUCCUAACUCAGCUGAGCCAUGUCAAUUCCCCUGCUAUGGCCGUUUUGUGUAUGGCAUGCAGUCAGGGAACUGAUGCAUUUUCACAGUCUGGCCUGUAUUCGAACCAUCAAGAUAUUGCCCCUCGAUAUUCUGGAGUAUUACUUGGUUUAUCCAACACUGCUGGAGUACUGGCAGGGGUGUUUGGAACUGCAGCGACCGGUUACAUCCUGCAACAUGGUUCUUGGGAUGAUGUCUUCAAGGUUUCAGUUGGGCUAUACCUGGUUGGAACUGUGGUCUGGAACCUCUUUUCAACUGGUGAGAAAAUACUGGACUGACUCGACCAUCAUUUAGAUGUUCAGCAUGAGGCGGCUCAAGCCCCCACACGCUUGAGGUAAUUAAGAGAGUUCAAUUGACGGAAUGAAGACAAACGAUGAAAAGCAUUGAGUCAAUUUUGGACUUCAACUACUGGCCAUUUUCUUCAUGCCAGGCAAAGGAGUGCCAAAUUAUUGAGAAUCCAAAAUUAUCAAUAGCUCUAAGAGGUGUCAUUGGAGGAAGAACAAUUUAUUUGUAUAGUAAACACCACAGCUUGUAAUUUCUAUAAUUGUUAAUAUUCAAUCCUAACAAAUCAAUUUUGCAAUUUCAUUGGCUUUUUCUCUCAAAAACUUUGUUGUUCUCUGCUAGGAAUCUCUCAAACACUUAGCUUCUUAUGUGCCACAGUUACAUGUGUGCAUGAAUAUAUAACAAAUCAUCUAAAUCUAUAAGCUCAAGUUCGUAUGUAUGUAUGUAUGUAGGGAAUGCAAAGACUAAUUAAUUGCAGCCAUUAACUGAGAAGUGUGUUAUGUGUCAUUUCGAUCAUUUAUCAACUCUAAUUGGUUAAAAUUUUCAUUCUAAUUGA